AUGUCCCCACCACGCCCAUCACCUGUGUCCCCUCCAUGCCCGUUACCCUUGUCCCCAACCCCCACCAUGCCCAUCCCCCAUGUCCCAUCCACCCUUGUCCCCACCAUUCCCCCUGCCCCUUCCCCACCAUGA